AAAACAUAUGAGUUUUGUUUUUAAUUGCGUUGAUGUGUUGUUGAUAUUUGCUUUCAUCGUUCGAUUUCCGGCGGGUGUGUAAAUACGGUUGGUGCUUAUGUAAAAAUAUAAAACCGUGUAGUACAGUGCGUGAAGUCGGACACCUUCGGCAGAGAGAAGCUUUCCCGUUGCCCUUGAAUUUAUUGCAUCAACAUCUUGCUGAUUAGCAUUUGGAUUGGGAAGUGUUAUCUCUGGUGGUUCGUAGGUAACCGGCUCACUCCUUGACUGGUAACGAUGGCAGCAAUGGGACGCAAACUGUUGAACAAUCUGAAGAGCAAAGAGUUCAGGGAGUAUUUGAUGAGCACCCACUUCUGGGGACCGGUGGCAAACUGGGGCAUUCCUAUUGCGGCCCUCGGUGAUCUGAAGAAGGAUCCGAAAAUUAUUUCCGGAACCAUGACUGGUGCACUCUGUCUGUACUCGCUCGUGUUCAUGCGCUUUGCGUGGAAAGUUCAGCCAAGAAAUAUGCUUCUAUUCGCGUGUCAUAUCACGAACUUUACUGCGCAAGGUAUGCAAGGUGCUCGGUUUAUCGAGUAUCACCAUAUGGGUGGCAAAGCGCGAAUGCAGAAAGCACAACUUCAACCAGCGGCUUAAGACAGAUUGAGCCAGCUACAAAGUUACUAGCAACAUCACAACCGAACGCUCGAAUUGGCAAUGAUUAAGAAGGUGUUCAACGAAGCGGCACGAGUGGAAUCGUGUGAAAUGAAACGAAGCGAUAUUAAUUUCUUUUUUUUUCGGGGUUAAAGUAAAGUGUGUAAAAUAGUUAACAAGUCCUUUGAACCAGCAGCACAAACGAAAAUGCGUAAGAAAGAAUAUUUUCAAAGAAAUAGAUCACCUACGGCGGUGGGUGAUCAAGCUAACGGGUGCUCAGUACAGGCAAAUCAACGGUUACGGCACGAUCGGUAGUAUAUAAAUAUGUAGCACAUAAUACGGGAACAAUAGUACCUGUCGGGAAACAAAACAAAACCGGUACGAUAUAUAAAUACAGGUGUAGCGAUACUCUUUACAAACAGUUCUUAUACGAUCACACACAGAUAACUGUUCUACAGAUGAUGGUAGAUGCUUUUUUCCUCUUUAGAAUAGACAUUUUUAGAUACAUUUUGCAAGCAAUUUUUAUGCACGCGACAAACAUUUUCAGGCGCACGUUUACCUUUUACAAUUCAAACAAGAGAUCGUUUUAUUAGAAGCUAAAUAACAUAAUCAAUGGUAGAUAAACGAAGCGUAGUGGCUGUAGUUUAAAAUUUGCACCACGUUAACAGAAGCGAGUAACGAAAUCCCGCCGUCGAACCAAUCGUUUCCCGAUUACCCGUAACUUGAGCGAAUUAAUCCUACUUUUCCGUGGCAGGAGGUGACUUUUCAAUACCAUCUUUCUCUAUUAUAAUACCUCAAACAAAUGUACUAUGUUCUUCCUUUUUAAAAACGUUUGACCAUAACAGCAAUUGGCGUUUAUCAAAACACUACAAAAGCUACGCAACGCUGUGGUUGUAACAUUCUAGUGCAGGGCUUAGGUUUCUAAAAGGUCAAACCAACAAAACUGCCACUGGCCCCCCCGGGAGAGGCGGUGAGCUAUUAUUGUGUUCUAUUUUGACUACAAGUUAUGUUUACCAGUGAACCUGUAAGGUGUAUUUUUAUACUGUGUAAAGAGAGAUUCUGUUUAUUUGUUGACAAUAAAGAAGUAAAGCGUAUAGUCACAA